AUGACUACACUUGGUGUUGGGGAGCUUUCUGCCAUCAACGCCUUGGCCGGGUCAAGUGCAGAGCUAGUCCCUGUCAUUCACAUCGUGGGGUAUCCGUCUACCGUGACCCAGAAGAAGCGCCUGCCUAUACACCAUACUCUGGGGGAUGGUGACUUUGAGCGGUUUGCCAAGAUGAGCGCUCAGAUUUCAAGCGCAGUUGUCAUUCUCAAGGAUAAGUCCAAUGCAGCUCGGCUGAUUGACGAGACCAUCCUAGAAUGUUACAAUUCUAGCAAGCCGGUUUAUAUCGGUUUUCCUAUGGAUCUCGUCCGGGCAGAGGUGGAUUAUUCUCCACUUACGCGCCCUCUGGCUGCCGAAAGGGCCCCCAACCCUACGGCGGAGGAAGAGGGUGUGGUGGAUUCCAUCUUGGAUCGCAUUCUGGCAGCUCAGAACCCGGCUAUUCUAGUCGACAGUCUUGCCGGGAAGCCUCAUAUAUUGAAAUCGGCAAGAUCAUUGGUAGAAAGCUCGGGGCUACCUUGCUUCAUUACCCCAAUGGCCAAAGGGAUAGUCGAUGAGACCCUACCCAAUUUCCGUGGCAUAUAUGCCGAACUGGUCUCUCAGCCGACCGUCUUCGAAGAAAUUCAACCUUGUGACUUGAUCUUGCAUAUCGGACCACGAUCGACAGAUCUCAACACAGCCAAGUUCAGGACGGGUCUGCCCCACGCCGAGACCAUUGAAUUCAACCGCGAUAGCAUCACACUGCGUUCUGAAGUUCAAGGGCUCAACUCGAGCGGUGUUCUCUUCAAGCUCAGCGACGCCCUCCACCGGGAAGGGACGAGGUCAGUUUCACCAGCCUGGACUACUCCGAGAAAGCUCAGUGAUACACCCGAAUUAUCCGAGUCGGUCUCAUCUGUUUCAACUCCCCCUAUGAGCUUGAAUGGUGAUUUACUUGAGUGCAAAAGUCAAAUUCCCAGCAAGUCCGCCGCAUUGACACAAGAUUGGGUCUGGGAGCGGUUCGGUCCCUGGCUCCAGGAAGGCGAUAUCAUCGCUGCAGAUUUGGGCACUUCUAGUUUCGGAACACUGUGGACUCGAUACCCACGCGGAGCAGUCCCACUCACUCAGUUACUGUGGUGCUCGAUCGGAUACGCGGUCGGCGCAGCGGUCGGAGCCGCUCUCGCGGCACGGGAAGAAGAACAAGAAGAAAAAAAUUCCCAACGUCGCACAAUCCUGUUUACUGGCGAUGGGAGUCUCCAAAUGACUGUACAGGAGAUCAGUACCAUGGUCAGGCGCAGAUUGGGGGUGAUUAUUUUUGUUGUCUGCAACGAGGGCUACACCAUGGAACGCCUGGUCAAUGGCCCCGAGGCAGAAUAUAACGACAUUCAACCUUGGGAUCAUACGUUCCUCCCCAAAGUGUUCAAGGCCGCACCUGGGAGUGCUCGUACCUAUGCUGUCCACACUCAGGCCGAGUUGGACAUGCUUCUCAAGGACCCUUCUUUUGGACCCAAUGUGGUUGAUGACACACCUUUGCGACUCGUUGAGUUGCACAUGUCUAAGCAUGAUGCGCCAGCGUCAUUGCAUGGGAUGAUGGACGCGGUGGUGUACCGACCGUGA